CUGCUGUCCCCGGGGACAGGGAAAGCCCCGGCAGCGGGUGACAUCUCUGUGCGGGGAGGAGGGGGGACGGCAGACAGAGCCCGCUGUGUCCUGCUCAGCAUCCCUCCCUCUCUCCCUCCAGGAUGCUGCGGCGCUGAGCGCCGCGAUGUGACCUACAUUCGCCGCAAGGAGGUCCCCAGCCCCGGUGGGCGCCCGCCCCUCGCUGCCACCCUGCCAUGAAGCGGCACAAGUGACAAGGGACAGCGUGGCACGCCGUGCCGUGCCGGCCAUGGCCAGCUCAGCGCCGUGGCUGCGCUGGACACAGACGGACCUGGGCGCCGGCUGCGAGGAGCUGAAGCGCUGGGAGGAAGAGGAGGAGGAGGAGGAAGACUUCGAGAGACACAUGGACGAGAACGGUGUCAUCGGCCUGGAGGAGGACGGGCUGGUGGCUGUCACCAGCCGGCCGGGGAGCUCCCGUUUUGGGGAGGCACCCGCCGGCAGCAUGGACCUCAGCGACCUGCAGGACUCGGGCUCGGAGGAGUGGGGCCGGGAGGAUGCCGGGAGCCCCGCAUCGGGUGACGGCGAGGAGCUGGACGAGGGGUCCCCAGUGGAGCCAGCUCGCUGGCACCCACGGCAGGACCUGACCGAGGAGGAGGAGGAGGAGGAGGAGGAGGAGGAAGGGGAGGAGGAGGAGGAGGAGCAGGGCAGCUCCAUGGAGGAUGAGCAGCUGGAGGGGCCCUGGGGGGCAGAGAGCGAUGGGGAGCUGCACCCCGAGGCAGGGCCCCUCCAGAAAGCCCUGGGUGUCACCACAGAUGGCGGUGACACCUUGGGGCCUUCGGACACCAGCCCCAGCCCCGCCACCCCCCCAAGACGGCGCCGGAGCUGGGGCAGGGCCGGGGACACCCACGGGAGCCUCGGGCAGGGCUGGGGCCCCGGGCAGAGCCGCUCAGCGCCCCAAAACACCGCCGGCAGCAGGGCUGAGCCCAGCCCCAAGCCCGGCCCUUUGGGGAGCCCCCAAACCCCGCACCAGAGGCCCCGGGUGCCCGAGCCCGGCCGGCUGUCACGGCCCCUGAGCCCCCGGCGGCACGCCGGUGCCAAAAAGCCAAAGGAUGCCACCGAAGGGUGCCGGUACGGCCGGGGGCAGCUCAACCACCCCCUGCCCGACCUCUCCAAGGUGGAGGCACGGGUAAAAUUCGACCAGAGCUACCGCCCGCCGCCCAGCAGAGCCCUGCCCGCCCGCGCCAGGACCCCCGGCGGCCCCCUUGUCCUCAAGUCCCCGGCCGAAAUCGUCCGGGAGGUGCUGCUGAGCAGCGGGGAGGGGGCCCCGCCGCAGCCCCCCGCGCCCCCCGGCGUGCCGCAGGAGCUCAGGUCCCCCCGGCAGGCCACGGCGCUGGUGCAGCAGCUGCAGGACGACUACCACAAGCUGCUGACCAAGUACGCUGAGGCCGAAAACACCAUCGACCAGCUGCGGCUGGGCGCCAAGGUGAGCCUGUACGCCGACCCGCCGCGCGCCAGCCGCAGCGCCCACGCCGGCACCCUGGGCAGCGGCUGCAGGGUGAUGGCCUUCAGCAUCCCACGGGCCAGCGCGGCCACCGUCAGCACGGCCCCGAACCCGAACCCGGCCCCGACCCCGCCGCUCUCGGUGGAUGGAGAUCUGGGACCGGGACCGGCUGGAUGGGGGCUGUCACCGCGGCCCCGCUCGCCCCUCUCCUCCCUGGGGGGCUGCCCCACGUGCCCGGGGCAGUGCCGGUGCCUGGGGCCCCAGCUCACGCAGACGCUGGCGGGGCAGACCCGCAAGCUUCAGGCACAGGUGGAGUCCUUCGAGAGCUGGAUCCGUGCAGGGAGCGCGGUGCCGCAGGAGCAGCUCCAGCGGUUCAGGCGGCUGAAGGAGGCGCAGGACGCGCUGGAGCGGGCGUACCUGCGGGCACGGGAGGAGCACGGGCAGCAGCGCCCUGCAGCCUCGGGGGACUUCGACCCGGAGCGAGCGGUGGAAGGGGAAAUAUUCUGCCUGGGGAUGCGCCUGGAGGAGCUGAAGGAGCGGCUGGAGCGGGCAGCACGCCCCCCGGGCUCCCCGCGCCCCCAGCUGAGCCCAGCAGUGACCGAGGGUCCCCCCAGCACCCAGGGGACAUCGGGGGAUGGUGAGGUGGUGGCAGCGGGGCUGCCCCGGCCCCUCUGGCACAAGCAGCUCCGAGCGGAGGAGGACUUUGGGGACCUGCUGGAGCAGUACCAGCACUUCAAGUCCUUGCCGGCAUCGCUGAGCCUGGAGCACCUGAGCCUGGCGGGCAGCGGCUCCCUGGAGGAGGCGGAUGGCCCUGUGGCAGGGGACGGCGGCCCCGGGCAGGUCCCCUGCAGGGCACGGUCACUGGAGGAGGGAACCGACCUCGAGACCUCCCCCUCCCCCCCCCCGCAGAGGAGAGCACCGCCGCUGCCCCACGGGGACCCCCUGCGGACAGAGGGGACGCGUGGCCGCCGCUCCCCCACCGCCACCCAGGAGCCCCCAGCUGCCCCCCGGCCGCCACCACCGGUGCUCCCCGAGCCUCUGCCACCACGGGUGCCCCUGUCCCGGCACAGCAGCGGGGGGGGCAGCGCCGCCACCCAGCGCCAUCCCCUCAAGCCCUGCCGCCAGGUGUUGCAGGAGCAGCGCAUGGUGUCGCCGGAGACGGACAGCGGCUUCGUGGGCUCGGAGGCCAGCCGCGUGUCCCCGCUGGUGCGCACCCCCGAGCAUCGUCCCCUGGGCACCGGGACACCAGGCUCGCUGGGACCACCCGCCCCCAUCCCCGUGCCCCUCCGUCCUCCGCAGAAGAAGGAUGCAUGGCCGCUGCCCCCCGAGAAGGCGCUGAUGGGCACCUACCCGUCCCCCGGGCACCUUCACCCCCGGGGCGGCGUUGGGGGGCCCAGCCUGCCCCCCAGCACCGCCUCGCACAGCAGCUCCCCCCCGCGCUGGGCCGAGAGCCUGGGCAGCGAGCUGGGGCCCGAAGGUGACGGCGGUGAGCAGCCAGCACCCGGCGCUGCCCCGCGCCCCCCGCCGCCGCCUUCACCGCCUCCUCCCUGCUCCCCAGCUCGCAGCGACUCGGAGGGGCCCCAGUCUCAUUUUGAGGGUGGGCAUCAGCCGUGUCCCGUGGUGGUUAUGGGGAUGGGUUGCGGGGCUGGGGCUGCUCCUGGGGCUGUCAGCCCCCCCCUCACCCUGCCUGUCACCCUCAGCCGAGCCAUCCGGGCGCUGCGGGACGAGGUGUGGCGGCUGCGGCGGAGGCUGGAGGAGAGCCUGCGCCGGUCCCGCAGCUACCCCGAGGGCAAGGCCGCCCCGCGGAGCGCCCAGGCCAGGAGGCAGCCGGCGGCGAGCGGCCCCUCGUCCCCCCGGGACGCAGCACACGCGGGGGAGCCGAGCCCCCCAGCACGGGGCAGGGUGGCCCCCGCCGCUGUGACAAGAGUCAGGUCGGCAUCGCUGCCGCGGGACAGGACCGAGCUGGACCUCAGCUCCGAGUCGGGCCGCUCGCUGGCUGGGCACGGGGACGGGUGGCACCAGGGCACCCCGGCCGCACAGAAGCGCGCUCGGAGCCCCCCGGGCACGGGGACGGUGCGGGGGCAGUACACAGGGACGCGGUACCAGGUGCCACCACCCGCCACCCUGGCACCCCGAGGAGAGCCGAGCACCCCGGGGUGCCCCCAGUGCCGCGGGAGCCGGACGGCAUCGGCCGGUUCCCCGGCGGGUGACGCCGUGCGGCAGCCCCGGCAGAGCACCCCCAGGACACGGCGCUGCGCCACGUGCCGGGCACCCCGGGCUGUCCCCCCACCGGGCAGCAGGGACGGAGCCGCACACGAGCUCGGCACCGACGCCGCGUCCUCGCCGGGCUCCCGUCCCCGAGCUGAGCCGCCGGAGCAGCCGGGACUGUGGUACCUGGCGGGCGGCCCCCCCGUGGGCUACCUCGCCCCCGUCCCCCUCGUGCCUUACGCGCCCCCCCUGCUGUACUGCUCCCCGGCACCUACCUCAGCCCCGGCCCCCCCGCAGCGCCCCCCCCUCGGGCUGCCCCUCGCCGACCUGGAGGAGCUGCAGUGGUCGCUGGGCCGCGCCGUGGAGGCCGCGCAGCGCGCCAGGCGCACCACCAAGAGGAUGGGCCGCUCGCUGGCCUCCGAGCUGAGCAGGGCGCGGGGCCUGCGGGGGUCCUGCCUCUUCUGAGGGCCCCCCCGGCCCGUCUCCGGGGCAGGAGGAUGAGGAGGAUGAGGAGGAUGAGGAGGAGGAUGAGGAGGAUG